AUGACUGUGCAUACUAGCCAAGGGAUGACGCUUGAAGCUCCACAACGAGUUUGGGUUAUCGAUGAACAUUUGGCGUGGGAUAAUCUAAUAUAUCUCGCAGUUGGUCGUGUAGAAUAUUUGAGCCAGCUUAUUCGGGUUGAAGGUCCCCCAUUACCUCCUGAGAUUGAGGAAGCAAAAAAUAAGAAAGCAAUCGAACGUUCAUUGAGGCCAUUUAUUUCUGGAAAACUCGUAGGAUAUAUGGAUCAAGAUAAGAAAAAAGGUCGCGAAUUCGAUUUAUCUGUUGACUAUAUCCUUACAUUAAAAGAUUCGCAAAAAAAUAAAUGUGAACUAUGUCUUAAUGAAAUGAAAUGGGAGUAUGAAUAUAUACUGUAG